AUGGCUAGUUCGACCGCCAGCGCCAAUGCCAGCAACGUGAUGGCUGCCGCAAACCCCGACAAGACGAUCAGCAAGUACCGCAACCACCAGUACCCCGUCGAGCUUUGGUGGACGCUCGCAGCCUUCAUCGGGCUGCUAACCGUGAUUCACUGGACGACAGUGGUCAUCCGCCUGACCCGCAUCAAGAAAGGCCCGUCUUCCGUCCGCGCAGGCCUGCACUUUGUCCGCGCGGCGGCAUUUCGGGUCCAGAUUCCGUAUGGCGUGGGACAUUCCAUCAACGUCGCCGAGUUCCUCGCCGCCUGCGCCUACAUCGUCACUAUCUUCACCUGGCAGUUCAUCAAUACGACGGACCUCAAGGGCAACCGCUUCACGCUCCGAUACUGGACGAACCGCGCAGGACACAUUGCCGCUGCACAGUUCCCCCUGCUCAUCGGCCUGGGCAUGAAGAACAACUUCAUCUCGCUGCUGACGGGCGUCAGCUAUGAAAAGGCACGUCGACUGUAG